CUUAAAAAGAGAAAGUCUGAUGUGUGCCAGGCCCUCUACGCUACAGCGGAACAAAAUGGAGUUGCAUCGCGCAGCCUUUUGGUAGGCGGAGUUGCGCUAGCCAGCGCGGGCAAUAUUUGGAAAUCGAAACCCUUAUCUAAUCCCGUGUGAUUGGUGACCGACUAAAAUGCAACCCGCCUCAUCUAUCAGACGCGCUCCGACGUCAACAAAACAACAUUUCACGGUACAUUAUACCCGACCUCGAAGCUCCGUUGCGUCGCCCCAGAUGCCAAACAUGUCAAGCUGUGUCUGUGCUCAACGCCAAAAGUUGCUAGUUUUGUAAAGGCGUCGCCGAAUCCAUCGAAUCCGCGAUUCAUGCUAGGACUGCUAUGGAUGUUUGCGACGGUUCGAGCGUUUUAACGCGACCAGACGCUCGAAGCGGACCCCUCUACACGCCGACCGAAAUGUCACGUUCCUCCUUGAAACCCAACCUGAAUGCCGGUCUGAUUGUCCAUCACCGACGGUACAGUUCGUCGGACGACCUGAAACAGCGCCAGGACGCGUCUACCCAACCGUCCUCUUCGUCCGCCUGCUCUUCGGCGUCCGUGGAAGCGCCGACCUCGCCAGAAAAAGUAAAGACGAAGCUGAUGUCCGUCUGGAACAACGUCAAGUACGGCUGGACGGUUCGUACCAGGACGAGCUUCAACAAGGACGCUCCCAUCUGGCUUCUCGGCGUCAUCUACCACCGUAAGAUGACGCAGUUUUACGGCGCGUCUGCCGUGGUGGACGACGGCGCCAGCUUCGAUGCGUUCCUGGAAGACUUCUCGAGCCGGCUGUGGUUCACGUACCGGCGGGAGUUCCCGGCCAUUCCUGGUACGGACAUCCGGACGGACUGCGGCUGGGGCUGCAUGUUGAGGAGCAGUCAGAUGAUUCUGGCCCAGGCGUUCGUGAUGCAUCUGCUGGGUCGGCAGUGGCGCUGGCAGCAGGUGCACACGGAAGCUGGCGAGUUCAUACAUCGCCUCGUGGCCAGGUGGUUUGGUGACAAGGCGGAUGCCUCCACGCCCUUCUCCCUGCACAACUUGGUCCAAAGGGGCCGGGAGAGUGGGAAGAAGGCGGGCGACUGGUAUGGCCCCUCAAGCGUGGCCUACAUCCUCAAGGACGCCCUGGAGGACGCCGCCCACCGGGACCAGCGCCUGGCACAGCUGUGCAUCUAUGUGGCGCAGGACUGUACCAUCUACAUGGACGACGUGACGGCACUAUGCAGUGCCGGAAGCACCGAAGGAAAUGCCAAGUGGCGAGGCGUCAUCAUCCUGGUGCCCGUGCGGCUAGGCGGCGAACGCAUCAACUCGGCAUACAUCCCGUGCGUCAAGGCCAUGCUGGCAUACGCCAACUGCAUCGGCAUCAUCGGCGGCAGGCCCCGACAUUCACUCUACUUCCUCGGCUGGCAAGAGGAGAAAGUGAUUUACCUGGACCCUCAUUACUGCCAGGAGAUGGUGGAUGUCAACUCCCAGGACUUCCCCUUGGAUUCGUUCCACUGCUCGUGGCCACGGAAGAUGUCCUUUUCAAGGAUUGAUCCCAGCUGCACCAUCGGCUUCUACUGCAAGACCAAGCACGACCUGGAGGAUUUCACGAAGAACAUCAGAGAGCUGACGGUGCCCAAGCAGAUGCGGCACGAGUACCCGGUCUUCCUGAUAUCGGAGGGAAGCUGCAGCGACCACACCGACACCGAGAAGAGGCCUGAAGAGAUCGUCCAUGUCCUUCAAGACGUGUACUCGCGCGACGGCUCCGUACACCGAAACUCCGAAGAGUAUGUCGUGCUCUGAGCGGUGCGCUUCCUUUGUGUUUGUUGUUCGUUUAGCGACACAUGCACCCACUUCGUCCUCGGUUUAAUUUAUCUGAACGUGUUUGUCUGCGGCGACGCAACGAGGGGAAGAGAAAUCGUCUGGGGUGCAUCUGCGCUGCACGUGCGCACCGCCAGGUUGCCCGCGGCGACCAGAGGCCGAGUGUGAUGCGAUGGAAGGUUACGUUACGCUUUCCGUCGCCCUUUUUUGCACCGGCAGAUCUGUGCUCGCGGGCAACCUUCCGUGGCACUUCAGAAGGGAGAGUGCACGCAAGUGCGCGGCUUUGAUGGGCACUACAGAUGCGCAAUCGCACGCACGCCCAUAGCUUCGACCGCGUAGCCAUGGAGAGCUAACCGCGAGUACGGAGCGUGAGCCUUCUUUUGGAAUACGAACAGGCCAAGCAGCAUCCGUGCUCCAGUGCUGUACAUUUCUUUUUCAAUUUCUUCUCUCAAUAAUGCAGGAGCAAUUUCUACUGGUUGUGCAAUUUGAAGUUAUUGUUGGCGUUUCUCGGAUAUAUAUGUGUACCAUGGGCCGCCGUUACACUGCGAGGUUGUAUGUUACCUUGAAGAUGGGAAAAACAAUUUACCUGAUUUAUUUGUUUCAAGGUGUUGGAGCGCUGAACAGUACUUUCCCACAAUGCUGUUACUUCAGGGGUGGUUUUGUUAUAACCAAGAAAGGUGGUGUUAAUGAUGCAUAGUUUUUAUCGGUGGAAUAGCGUGGUUCUGGAUGAAUUAAUUUAACACCUAUUUUUGUAGACUUUUACACGCAAGGGCACCGAUUGAGUUUUACUCUAUACUAUUCAGGACCUUAUUUAUUUCUACCGAGUGCAGGAAACGUGAUGUUCCUAUAGAAUGUUUCCGUAGCCCGAGUUAGAGGGCGUCUAUUUUUAGUAUAUUAUCUAGUGUAAUUCCAGUUGUUUUAGGAUUCAUGUGAAGGUGUAGCAUAGUUUGUACCUGACAACAAUAAAGUAUAUAAAAAGUUGGGUUUUAUUUUUUUAGGGUUAUUACUUUAUUAGGUUUUUUUCAAUAUUGUGGCGAUUUUAAGUUGGGCAAAAGGGGCCUUGCACCAUGUGAUUUUUUUUUCUUUCUUUUUAAUGGCAGGAUUUGUUUCAUGUGAUAUUUUUUUGUUGUUAUGGCUUCUAGUCAUUAACUAAACUUAUUACUAUCAGCUAAAUUUAAAAAAAAAAAAAGACAGCUCCCAUGUCAUUUUGUUGUUUUAUUCACGUUGCAGAUCCGAUGCCUGUACUGAAAUACUGUAAAUAAAUCUGCUGAAAUUUGUGUUUUA